GGUGAGGGAAGGGGAAGGGCGGGGCCGAGCUGGGGCAGCGCCGGAGCCGGCUGCGCGAUUAACUCUUUCUGUAUCACGUGCCUUGGAAUUGGACCUGCAGAUAAUGGCAUUACAUCCACGCAGAGUUCGUUUGAAACCCUGGCUAGUAGCCCAGGUAGAUAGUGGCAUGUAUCCAAACCUCGUAUGGCUUAAUCGGGAAGCAAAGCGAUUUCAGAUCCCCUGGAAGCAUGCAACUCGACACAGUCCUCAGCAUGAAGAGGAGAACACCAUCUUUAAGGCAUGGGCUGUGGAAACAGGGAAAUACCAGGAAGGAGUUGAUGAUCCAGACCCUGCAAAAUGGAAAGCACAGCUCCGAUGCGCUCUUAACAAAAGCCGGGAGUUCAACCUGAUGUAUGAUGGCACGAAAGAGGUGCCCAUGAAUCCUGUUAAAAUUUAUGAAGUGUGUGAUAUUCCACAGUCUCAGGGAUCAAUCAUUAACCCAGGCUCCACCGGCUCUGCUCCAUGGGAUGAGAAAGAUAAUGACCUUGAUGAGGAGGAGGAAGAGGAACUGAAUCCAUCUCAGCAUGUUCCCAUACAGGACACCUUUCCAUUUCUUAAUAUCAAUGAUUCCCCGAUGGGGCCAGCCAGUGCGGGAAACUGCAGCCCUGAAGCGGUGUGGCCAAAGAAUGAACCUCUAGAUAUGGAGAUGCCUCCAUCUGCUCUGCAGCAUGACUUCUUCAGCUCUCCGGAGCUCUGGAUUAGCUCUCUUCCUAUGACAGAUCUAGAAAUCAAGUUUGAGUAUCGAGGAAAAGAGAUUGGGCAGACAACGACUGUAAGCAACCCCCAGGGAUGUAGACUCUUCUAUGGAGAACUGGGCCCUAUGCCAGACCAAGAAGAGCUGUUUGGACCUAUUAGUUUGGAGCAAGUAAAGUUUCCAGGAACAGAUCAAAUCACCAACGAAAAGCAGAAGAUCUUCACAAGUCGGCUACUAGAUGUUAUGGACAGGGGACUGAUUCUGGAGGUCAGUGGCCAUGCCAUCUAUGCCAUUCGGCUCUGCCAGUGCAAGGUGUACUGGUCUGGACCAUGUGCCCCUUCAUCCAUCGCACCAAACUUGAUUGAGAGACAAAAGAAAGUCAAACUCUUCUGUCUGGAAACAUUUCUAAGUGAGCUGAUUGCCCAUCAGAAAGGACAGGUAGAAAAACAGCCACCUUAUGAGAUCUACUUCUGUUUUGGAGAAGAAUGGCCUGAUGGAAAACCUAGGGAGAGAAAGCUGAUAGUGGUUCAGGUAAUCCCAGUUGUAGCUCGGAUGAUUUAUGAAAUGUUUUCUGGUGACUUCACACGUUCCUUUGACAGCGGCAGUGUGCGGCUUCAGAUCUCCACUCCUGACAUUAAAGACAACAUUGUUGCCCACCUGAAACAGCUAUACCGCCUCCUGCAAACUCACCAAGAGGGCUGGCCAAUGCAGGCAUCAACUAUGCAUAUUGCUCAGCCACUCCCAGCACAAUGAUGUAUUUUCAGUCUCUGAUUUAACUCUGCUCCACUCUCUGGUUUCUUAUAU